GGAACGCUGCCUACAGAUUUUGUGCGAUCUGGUCCGUUACUGUUCAUUGUAAUAGAAGGUGAAAAAUCUAAAAAACCAGGGUUAUAUUGUUGCUUUGUAUGCUGCGGAAACAAAGCAAAGAAAAUUUACAUUUAAAAGGUUCCAGUCUGGUUUAUAGCUACGGCGACAGUGGUAUACAGUUUCAUCGUUCUUCCAUCGGCGGUGUGUAGUCGGUGUCAUCCUAACCUCUUUUCUGGUGCACCAAGCUCUGUGCAUAAAGGAAGCAUCUCUGCCGGGAGUGUUAAAUCCUGCGUGUGUGUCUGUGGUACUGGUCCAAUCCAACGGAAAAAAUGGCAGUCGUUACCCUUGGCGAAAAAGUUCUCUCGGCCAAGUCCAUCGUUUGCGAUAUCGAGGGGACUACAACUUCGAUUAGUUUUGUAAAGGAGGUCCUGUUUCCUUAUGCACUAAAAAAUACCGAAGAGUAUUUAAAAGCUAACUGGAAUGAAGAAGCUACAAAAACUGUGGUCGAAGCAUUGCGCGAGCAGGCCAAUGAAGAUAAGAAAGCAGAUAUCGAAGGAGUUGUUACCAUCGCAACUGCUGGGGAAUCUGACGAAAUUAUUCAAGACCUUGUCAAAAACAUCGAAUGGCAAAUGUCAAAUGAUCGCAAGACAGGAGCACUUAAGACGCUGCAAGGAUUAGUUUGGGCCAAAGGCUAUAAGGACGGGACUAUCAAAGGCCAUGUUUACGAGGAUGUGCAGAAGGCGUUUGAACAGUGGGAUGAGUGUGGUCGAAAGGUGUACAUUUACUCAAGCGGAAGUGUUGAUGCGCAAAAGCUUCUUUUCGAAAACAGUGAACAAGGCAACCUCCUCAAAUUUCUAUCGGGACAUUAUGAUACUAAAAUUGGAGCCAAGCGCGAGAAAGAAAGUUAUUUGUCUAUUUUGAAAAAUAUCGAUGCUGAAGCCGAAGACGUGGUUUUCCUUACAGAUGUCGUAGCAGAAGCAAAAGCCGCUAAGGAAGCUGGAGUGAACGUGGUACUUCUAGAUCGGCCUGGCAAUGCCGAGCUUUCCGAAGAAGAUCGUAAAGAAUUUCCAGUUAUUAAGACGUUUUCUGAACUCUCGUUCACAAAUGUAAACGAGGAAAACGGAUCAUCGGCAACCGCGAAAAGGAAAAUUGACGAAACUACCGACGUCGCAGAGGACAAUGCUCAGGAACCUCCGAACAAACAGAUAAAGGUUGACGAAGUAAAAACCAAUGAAAAAAUUACAGAACCACGAGAAGACAUGGAGGAGGAAGGAGCUGCUUCUGUUAUAACAAAUGUACCAGAGAAUGAUAACACGAAGAACGAAAAGGAUGUUGAAUCAAAAUGUGAUGAAAACAUGGAAGUAGAUGAUACUGUUGUUGAAAAAAAGCGCAAAGAGGAAAUCGAAAAGGAUGCGAUUGAAACCAAGAAGGAUGAUAAAGUAGCUUCCAAAUCAGAAAAGAAAGAGGAAAUAAUAGUAGACGUUACUGAAAAGACAACAGAAGAGAAAGAGAAAAAUGAAAAAUCAGAAGUCUCAAUUACUAUGGAUACCAUCGAACCCGAAACAGAAAAAGAAACAGAAAAAGAAAAAGAAAAAGAAAAGGAAAAAGAUAGCGCCAAUGACAAACAAGUUGAAAACAAUGAUGAGUCGAAAGAGCUUAAUGAAAACCCAAUAAUCAAACAAACUUCUGACGAAAUAGACGGCCAAGACAAUGAAAAGACAAAAAACGAAGUAAACGACAAACAAAUGGAAGAUAAAGUUGAUAGCGUUGAAGUUGACAAGUCUAACAAGAACGAACAGAUUGAAAAGGCUGAAGAAACGAAUGGAAUCGAAAAAAAGACCACCUGCGCAAUCGCAGAGGUAGAUACCGGAGCAAAGGAGGUGAAGGAGGUGAAGGAAGAUAUGGCAAGCAGUUCAAAUACCGAAACGCCAUUAAAUAACGGCCAAGUUGAACAAACGGCUCCUAAAGAAGAGGAUGGCGAAUCGAAAGCAGACCAAGCCACACGGAACGGAAAGACUGAUGAUGAAUCAAAUGCUACAAGCAAUGGAAGCAGCUCUGCAAACCCCACAGAAGAAGAAAAAAAUUCAGAAAGUGAUAAGGAAAAUGACACAUCGCUUCAAAAUUGUGAAACUGAUGAAGUAACAAGCGAAAAAAAUGGAAAUAAUGCAGAUACCGCCACUAGUAUUGGGGAAGACGCUACCACAGUGGAAGGAAAAAAUAAGAAGGUGGCAGAAACGGUACCGACUUUCGACAGCAAUUGAAGGCGAAUUGUAAGUCGUACAGGUUUGAUUCAUUAAAUUUCCGCCGGCCGAGUACUUGUUUUUACCUAGCGGAUUCCAUAGAAAAACCACGAUCAUUUGUAUGUGCGUUUAGUGUUAAAAUGACGAAGGCGAGAGUCGAAAUUAAAACGAAGAAUCUUACUGUUAACGAUUACCUUUAAUAUUAUCAUAAAAUAAGAAGAAUAAUUAACGAGAAUUUGUCUUGCCCAGGAGACUCCAAUUUUUACUAACUAUUUUUUAAAGUCUUAUUCAUAUCAUUUGUUGCCACACAACGAGAGCAUCGAACAAGUUAAAUAAUCUGAAGAACGUAAAAUCGAUCCAUUUUGCGGUACCGUGACACAUAUGAGAAAGAAUAUAUUGAAAGUAAUAACAUGUGUCAUGCUGUAUAAGCAAGCUACUCAUAGUAAUUAAAAUAUUUAUUUUUGCAUCAUUCCAAUUGAAAUCUACUUAAAUAUUGUUUGGUCCUGGUUCGUUAUGUCACUUUCUCCUUUUGUUUUAUUAAAAACAACAUAAAUAUUUCGAAACAUAGCAAUAAAUUAUUAUAUACGAGGGGCGUUCAAAAAGUAAUGAUAAUUUUGCAUUUACUCGGGCUACAUAAGUCCGAUUUUCGAUUUUUUUUGUGGCGAAAAGUUACUACACAUAUCAGUGAUUUAUGGUGAACAUUUCGGCCAUUUUGAGUAAUCGGUCAAUUUUUGACAGCUGUUUAGCUUGGACAAGAUUUGACUCAUCUUCGAUGCCGUCUUUAUCGCCUAAAUCGUAUCGUG